UCAAAGUUUAUCAGUUCGCCUCUCAAAAUGGCGGCUGUACCAACACGGGACUGGAGCGAUGAGCAACUAAAAAGUGACGAUUUACCAAAAAAAGACAUUAUAAAGUUCAUUCAGGACAAUGCAGCCCACUCGUUCCUCAAUGAGCACAAGCUGCUGGGCAACAUAAAAAAUGUUGCCAAAACAGCAAAGAAAGAACAACUGAUCAUUGCCUACAAUCAGCUUUUUGAGAGCAAAAGGUUUAAAGGCACAGAGCCAGUAGAAGAGGUGACUGAGCAGGUUAAAGCUGUCAAAAUUGAAGAAAAGCCAAAAGAAGUCAAGACAGAGGUGGUGGAUGAGGGUCCGCCCAAGUACACCAAGUCAGUGCUUAAGAAAGGUGACAAGACAAACUUCCCAAAGAAAGGCGAGACUGUGAGCUGCUGGUACACUGGUACCUUGGAGGAUGGAACUGUGUUUGACACCAAUAUUCCCACAGCAGCCAGAAAGAAGAAGCAGGCUAAACCCCUGAGCUUCAAGGUUGGCUUGGGCAGAGUCAUUAGAGGAUGGGAUGAGGCCCUUCUAACAAUGAGCAAGGGUGAAACGGCUCGUGUGGAGAUUGAAUCAGAGUGGGCCUAUGGAAAGAAGGGUCUCCCAGAGUCCAAAAUUCCACCCAAUGCAAAGCUGAUUUUUGAAGUUGAGCUUGUGGCUGUGGAUUAACUGACAAACAUUGGCCAGCAUGCAUCACAUUUGAAAGCCUUGCUGUAAAGAUUAAACUUACAAUGGCAUUUUGAUUGUGCUGUGCCCAGUUUCUCUGCACUUUGUCUCCUUUAUCACAUUAUGUACAACAGGUUCGAGUAAGAAGAAAUAAUGACCAGUUAUUACAACGUUAAGUUUUUGGCCAAAAUGAGAUGGCUUGUCAAUAAUGUACAUAUGAGACAUACUGAGACUUUUUUUUUUUGUUCUGUUCUUUUGCAUGUACAAUGUAAAUGAUGAAUAAACCUGUUUCAUGGACUUGGUUCAUACAGAAUGACAA